AUGAUGGCGUCUGAUAAAUAUGUCAGUUCGAAAAGCUUUCAAGAAAACGCAACUUCGCAUCACUUUUCCAUCAUGGUGAGUACAGAGACCCGAUGAAAAGUAAGUUAAGUGAGUGUAGAGCUAUGAAAACAAUACCUUGGUUUUUUUUAACUCAUCUAAACUCACCGAAAAACUGAAAAAAGAGCCAAUUCAAUCUUUUGAUAAAUAAACGCAACUCCAAGAAAGCAAGAUAUUUUUUCCUCAGGCUUAUUGAGAGCAAUUUUAAUUUUGCGUAUAGCACGAUUAAAAUAAUUAAUGUUAGCUGUUUGCAUAUCAAGAGCCACGUACAUCACAAGCCAAAUCUUUGAACUUUAUUUUAAACGUAAAUUAGUUAUUUGACCCACCGUCAAAAGUGAGUUGUUUUGAACGCCGUUGGUUAUGGCGUCGGAUCAAAGAGCUGAAGUCAUAAAUUCACAAGGUGACGUUUCACAGACUGAAAUUUCUGUAACCUUUAUUGAUCUCAUUUAAUUGACUUAUCGAGUUGAUCACAGGGACUUUGUUACGCAUUUAAGAGUUCCAAUUUUUCUUUUCAGACACCAUGUCUUGCAGAACCGUGUAAAAAUGGGGGAAUGUGCAAGCCGAACUAUGGCGAUGGAAACUACGAAUGUCAAUGUCUAAUAGGUUCCAAGGGAAAGAACUGUCAUGAAGGUAAUAUAAAAUACAAAAUGCACUCUCCAGUUUUCACCCUAUUUCUUCAGUUUUUUCCAACUCUACUUUUAUUAUUUCUUCUCUUUUUGUUUUUACCGUCUAAAACCCUUACAUCUCGAUGAGAAAGAAUCAAAAGUGACUUGGUAAGACUUAAAUUCGGAAAAUCGCAUCUUUAAAAAGUUUCCUGUAAAGAGUACCUCGUAAGUCAUUUUAUGUGGUAGACCGGCGUUAGUGACUUGACAGACUCUAACCAGUGAUAAAAUAGAUGCUAUGGUGUCUAUGUUGUAUAGUUGUUUUUGUUGUUGUUUUUGUUGUUGUUUUUCUAGCCUUCUUCCUCCUUUUUUCCCUUCAAUCUCAUCAUUUUUCUUCUCCUCUUACUUCUCCCAUCUCUUCUCCUUUAACCUUUCCUGUUUCCAAAGCUUUAAUAAAAGGAAUUCCCAAGAAAAGAAAUUUAUACAAUAAUUUGCUGUCCUCUGCAGAUGUCUGCAACCUUACAGACGGGUGGAAAAAGUUCAACCUGUCGUGCUAUAAGUUUUUUAACGUCAAAACAAAGUGGGAUAAAGCGAAGCAGCAUUGUUCGGAUUUGGGUUCCAUAUUGGUUACAAUUCAUUCUCUUGAAGAGAAUCAGUUUGUCGCCUCUUUAGCUCCUACUAAUACGACCAUUUGGAUUGGAGCCAGUGACACUGUCCUGGAGGGAACCUGGGUCUGGCUGGACGGUGAAAACUGGGGCGGAUAUGCAAACUGGGGUGGAAGUAAUCCCAAUAAUAGCAGAGGUAAAGAAAACUGUGCGUUGACCGUAAAUGGCAAGUGGAAUGAUGUAGACUGCAAUUUGUCACGUACCUACGUCUGUAAGACGAAGAACUAA